AUGGCGGCGGAUCAGCGUGGGAAGGCCGCGACUCUGGCCCUGAGGCGGCGGCUGCUCAGCAGUUCCUGCAGACUCUUUUUUCCUGAGGAUCCUAUUAAGAUUGUCCGGGGCCAAGGGCAGUACAUGUAUGAUGAACAGGGGGCAGAAUACAUCGAUUGCAUCAACAAUGUGGCUCACGUUGGGCACUGCCACCCUCUCGUGGUCCAAGCAGCACACGAACAGAACCAGGUGCUCAACACCAACAGCCGAUACCUGCACGACAACAUUGUGGAUUACGCACAGAGGCUGUCAAAGACCCUGCCAGAGAAGCUCUGUGUGUUUUAUUUCCUGAAUUCUGGGUCAGAAGCCAACGACCUGGCCCUGAGGCUGGCACGCCAGUACACGGGACACUGGGAUGUGGUGGUAUUAGAUCAUGCUUAUCAUGGUCAUCUGAGCUCCCUGAUCGACAUCAGCCCCUACAAGUUCCGGGACCUGGAUGGCCAGAAGGAGUGGGUCCAUGUGGCACCUCUCCCAGAUACCUACCGGGGACCCUACCGGGAAGACCACCCCAAUCCAGCUGUGGCCUAUGCCAGUGAGGUGAAACGAGUGGUCAGCAGCGCACAGGAGAAAGGCAGGAAGAUUGCAGCAUUCUUUGCUGAAUCCCUGCCCAGUGUGGGAGGGCAGAUCAUUCCCCCUGCUGGCUACUUCCCAGAAGUGGCAGGGCACAUCCGCAGGGCCGGAGGGGUCUUUGUUGCAGACGAGAUUCAAGUGGGCUUUGGCCGAGUAGGCAAGCACUUCUGGGCCUUCCAGCUGCAGGGGGAAGACUUCGUCCCCGACAUUGUCACCAUGGGCAAGUCCAUAGGCAAUGGCCACCCUGUAGCCUGCGUGGCCACAACACAAGCUGUGGCCAGGGCAUUUGAAGCCACCGGCGUCGAGUACUUCAACACGUUUGGGGGCAGCCCAGUGUCCUGUGCUGUGGGGCUGGCCGUCCUGGAUGUCUUGGAGAAGGAGCAACUGCAGGCUCACGCAGCCUGUGUGGGCAGCUUCCUGAUGGAGCUCCUCGGACAGCAGAAAGCCAAACAUCCCAUUCUUGGGGACAUCAGGGGUGUUGGGCUCUUCAUUGGUGUGGAUCUGAUCAAAGAUGAGGCCACAAGAAUGCCGGCAACCGAAGAGGCUGACUAUGUGGUGUCCAGGCUUAAGGAAAACUACAUUUUGUUGAGCACCGACGGACCUGGGAGGAAUGUCCUAAAGUUUAAGCCCCCGAUGUGUUUCAGCUUGGACAACGCAAGACACGUGGUAGCAAAGCUAGAUGCCAUCCUGACAGACAUGGAAGAGAAAGUGAGAAGUUGUGAGACCCUGAGGCUCCACUCCUGA